AUGCUGCGCGGAGCGGCGGCGGCGGCGGCGGCGGCCCGGUGCUGCGGCCCCGGCCCCGGCGCGGGGAAGGCGGCGGCGCGGCGGUAUUGCAGCGCGGUGCGGCGGCGGGAGUGGGUGCCGCCGGCGGGGCGGGACAGCGGGAUUGUGGCUUACAACAGCCGGAGCCGGAGCAAGGAGCCGCUCGUCCUGGCCACGGAAGGAGUGGCGACCUGGUACAGCUGCGGGCCGACGGUGUACGACCGGGCGCACCUGGGGCACGCCUGCUCUUAUGUAAGGUUUGAUAUAAUUCGAAGGAUAAUGACCAAGUUUUUUGGAAUUGAAGUUAUCAUGGCAAUGGGGAUCACAGACAUAGAUGACAAGAUAAUAAAAAGAGCCAAUGAGAUGAAUAUAUCGCCAGUAGCUCUUGCUCGUAUUUAUGAAGAAGACUUUAAGCAAGAUAUGGCUGCCUUAAAGGUCCUUCCUCCUACAGUAUAUAUGAGAGUGACUGACAAUAUUCCUCAAAUAAUCUCCUUUAUAAAAACAAUAAUUGCUAGUGGACAAGCUUACGCAACCUCGCAAGGCAAUGUUUAUUUUGAUGUUAAGUCUUGGGGAAAAAGAUACGGAGUACUAACUACUAUUUCUCCUGAUACCCAGGAUGAAGCAGUUGAUACUGAUAAACGGCAUGGUAAAGAUUUUGCCCUGUGGAAGGCUGCCAAACCUCAAGAGCUAUCUUGGACUUCUCCCUGGGGAAAAGGAAGACCUGGAUGGCACAUUGAGUGUUCCACAAUAUCAAGUGCAGUGUUUGGAAAGCAGCUGGACAUCCAUACCGGUGGAAUAGAUCUUGCAUUUCCUCAUCACGAAAAUGAAAUCGCACAGUGCGAGGUGUAUCAUCAGUGUGAGCAAUGGGGGAAUUACUUUUUGCAUUCUGGGCACUUGCAUGUUAAAGGAAGUCAAGAAAAAAUGUCCAAGUCAUUAAAAAACUACGUAACAAUUAAGGAUUUCCUGAAGAAGUUUUCAUCAGAUCAAUUCAGGAUGUUUUGUUUGCGCAGCAGAUACAGCUCAGCAGUAGAAUUUAGUGAUGAGAGCAUGGAUGAUGCAAAGCACCUUCUUCAGGCAAUCUCCUCAUUUAUUAGAGAUGCAAAUGCUUAUAUAAAAGGACAGCUGGUAUGUGACCCUGUUAGAGAAGACAUACUGUGGGAAAGGCUAGCCAACACAAAAGUAACCGUGAAGGCUGCGUUUGCAGAUGACUUUGACACCUCCAGGGCUGUUGCAGCAAUUAUGGACCUCAUUCACCAUGGCAACAGACAGCUUAAGGCUGUUACUAAGGAUGCUGGAUCUCCUAGAAGCUCUGUUGUGUAUGGAAGCAUUAUUUCCUAUAUAGAAGGCUUUUUUAAUGCCCUUGGGAUGUCCUUUGGAGAAAGACAGGUGGCUCUGGGAGGAGGCAAAUCGGCUGUGCUCUCUAACGUCAUUGAUGAGCUUGUAAGGUUCCGGGCGAAGGUCCGUCAUUAUGCACUUGCUCUGCCAGAAGAAGCAGCAGAAGCUGUGCCAGUGGAGGAUGCUGCGGGAGCCAAAGAACCAAAACAAGAACAGAAGGAAAAGAAGCAGCAGUUAAUGCGGGAGAGAAAAUCCCUCCUGGACGCUUGUGACAGUCUGCGUGGAGACCUUGCUGCCUUUGGAAUCCACAUAAAGGACAGAGCUGCUGUUUCAACCUGGGAAAUUGUGGAAGGAGGGCGUGCAGAGCAGCAGACUGAGGAAAAAAGCUGAUCCUUCAUCCUUGGACUUUUUUAUUUCAGCUGCUUUGGUAACA